ACUCUUUGCAACAUUACCAGUCAGCUGCCAACACCGGCAAGUUCAAUGCUAAAAACAGCUGACAUUUUUAGUUUAUGUAAACAAAGGAUCGAAUUUUCUAUAUUGCUAAAAUUUAAAAAAAUAUUCAAUAGAAUGGUCAAAGUUGAUGUUGAGUACUGUCCGAAAUGCAAUUUCGAGUGGCAAUGCAAAAUGCUACAAAAUUUCCUGCUACAACAACAACCAGAUGCGGAAGUCGUAUGUUCUAAAGGACGUCAGGGGUCAUUUGAAGUAAAAAUAGAUGAUACUUUGGUACAUUCCAAAUUGCAGUCGUUUGCAUUUCCUGAUCACGAAAGUGUUUUGGAAAAUGUACGACGUGUAGAAAAGGGUCUACCAAUAGAAAAGGUUAAAGAGCAACCAAUUGACAAUUGUAUGUUGAUGUGAUAGCAGAAAUGCAAUCGACGCAGUGACUUGAAAACUCCUGAGUACGCUGUAAUUUUCCAAUCCCAUACAUUUAAAAUUAUAAAUGAGCAAAGCUAGCAUACCUUGGCAUAUGAAACAUAAAUAGAAGCACUGCGAUGGGCAAAACGAUACAAGUUGAUGUGGAACAUUGGUGAGCGCUACAUUAGAUCUUUUUGAAUUUGUGGUUCAUCAUACAAUUUGCGUUUAGUGGCUUAUGUGCAGCGCAUGCGCGGCAGUGUAGAUCACUACAGAAAUACAUAAUGAA